AAUAAUUAAUUACUACAAGAGAAGAAGAAGAAGACUAAAAAAAGAAAGAAAAAAUAAAAAUAACCAAAGUGGCGAUGGCGACUGAAGCAGUAAUCAAGGUAGUAGCACUCUGUGGUUCCCUCCGUGAAGCCUCCUAUAAUCGCGGUCUCCUCAAUGCCGCAAUGGAGAUAUGCAAGGAUUCUAUAAAGGGAAUGGAGAUUGAGUACAUCGAUAUAUCGUCGUUGCCGUUUACAAACGAGGACCUUGAGGUGAACGGAACUUAUCCAGAUGAUGUAGAGUUUUUUCGUAAAAAAAUUGAAGAAGCUGAUUGUUUCCUCUUUGCUUCUCCCGAGUACAAUUACUCCGUCACAGCACCGUUGAAAAAUGCAAUUGAUUGGGCAUCUCGACCUCCUAAUGUUUGGGCGGAUAAAUCAGCAGCAAUUGUGAGUGCGGGAGGUAACUUUGGUGGAGGACGAGCACACUAUCACCUUCGACAAAUUGGAAUCUACAUUGAUCUUCAUUUCAUUAACAAGCCUGAACUUUUUGUGUUUGCAUUUGAGUCACCACCAAAGUUUGACAGCAACGGUGUGCUGAUACAUGAAGAAACCAAGCACAAACUCAAAGCAGUCCUUUUGGCUUUACAGGCAUUUGCCUUGAGACUCAAAAGGCAAGUCUGAAUAGCUUCUA